UAGUUACAAAACAGAAAGGAAAGCUGUAGUUUGUAUGCAUCCAUGUGUAAGGGAGGAUACCCCUUACAUGCAUAAUUGACUUUCAAUACAUAAACAGAAAGACAUAAUACAGAGCAGGCUUCUCGGCUGUACAAGAAGGAAAACAAUCUAGAGCCAGAGCGAAGGAAAGCAGGACACAGCAGGAAAGCUGAAACAUUACACUCCUUUCACUGUACUGGAACAUUAACUUUCUUAACAUGUCUUUUACACAGGAUACAUGGAGUUUUCAGCAGAUCCUUCUGGCUUUACUGGUCUGUGUUAUUACUAUUAAAUACAUAAAAAUGAAAUGGGCAGCUAAAAACCUUCCCCCUGGGCCCACUCCUCUACCCCUCUUAGGAAACCUAUGGGCUCUGAGGUUCAAACUGCAUCCAAAGACACUUCGAAAAAUGGCUAAAUCAUAUGGGGACAUCUACACUUUAUGGCUGGGCCACACCCCACUUGUGGUGCUGAGUGGGUGCAAAUCUGUAAGGAACGGCCUCAUCACCCACUCUGAGGAGCUUUCAGGGCGCCCUGUUGACGGCUUCAUGACGGCUCUCACUAAUGAAAGAGGUAUUGGAACUACUAAUGGCCACACCUGGAAACAACAGAGGCGAUUUGGACUAAUGACUCUAAGGAACCUAGGACUUGGGAAACGUGGACUGGAAUCAAGGAUCCAAGAAGAAGCUCAGUGUCUGGUGGAGUCCUUAGCUGCCAAGAAUGGAGAACCAAUUAACCCUUCGGAUCUCAUUGUUCUUGCUGUGGCAAAUGUCAUUUCUGCUGUGGUAUUUGGGCACCGUUUUUCUAUUGAAGAUCCCACCUUCCAGGAAAUGGUUAAGUGCAACAGCAGUUUGGUUUCAGGCUUGGGCACAGCUUGGGGAAGGAUGUAUGAUGCUUUUCCUUGGCUGAUGCGAUACGUACCAGGUCCACAUCAAAAAUCCUUUGCUGCUAUAGAUUAUCUGGCAGCAUUUAUAAAAAAGGAGAUAAAGUUGCAUGAAAUUAAUAGUUCAAAAGAUGAUCCUCAAGAUAUGAUUGACUACUACCUGACACAGAUUGAAAAAACCAAACAUGAGCUUGAUACCACAUUUGAUGAGGAAAACAUGAUUCAGGUGGUGAUUGAUCUGUUUAUAGCAGGGACAGAGACUACAGCCAUAAGUCUUCAGUGGGCUUUGCUAUACAUGGUGGCUUUCCCAGAAAUACAAAAGAAGGUACAGAAAGAGUUGGACACAGUUCUUGAUGGCUCUCCACUAGCUUAUUAUGAAGACAGAAAAAAACUUCCUUUCACCAAUGCAGUCAUUCAUGAGGUUCAGCGUUAUGGGAACAUUGCAUCUGUGGGAAUUCCCAGAAGUUGUAUAAGGAAAGUUACAGUUAAUGGCUAUCAGCUGAACAAGAACACUAUUGUUUUACCAAACCUGGACUCUGUCCUGCAUGACCAACGCCAGUGGGAGACCCCUUAUAAGUUCAACCCUAACCACUUUUUGGACAAGAAUGGAGACUUUUGUACGAACGAGGCAUUUCUGCCGUUCUCUGCAGGACACAGGGUAUGUUUGGGAGAACAACUGGCCCGGUUUGAGCUGUUCAUAUUCUUCACCACUAUUCUACGUAGAUUCAGCAUUGAGCUGCCAAAAGGAGUGACAGAGGUCAAUACAGACUAUGUUUUUAAGAUGACCCUGCAGCCUCAUCCUUAUGAAAUCUGUGCAAUCCCCCGUUAAAUGCCUCAUAAACGUUACCCUGUUCUCUGAGAAAUGCACAGGUUAUUUUUAGACAUAUAAAUCUUGGGAAAUGCAAUUAGCAUUAAUUAGUAUGGUGAAGAACAUAAAUAAUUAGCCUGUAUAUCUGUAAUGCAUCUGGGCUAUUUCAGGGUUUCUGUAAUGAAGUUUAUUUUCUAGUCCUGAAAGCAGCUCAAUCAUCACUGAGACCUGGUGGGAUGAUAAAUGCGACUGGGCUGCAAAUUUAAAUGGUUAUACACUUUUUAGGAGGGACAGAGAGAUUAAAAAGGGUGGAGGGGUUU